AUGAAUAAGCUAUUUUUUAUUACACUUUUAUUUUUCUUGAGUCUUCAGAAAGCUAUAAAUGCGUACUUAUGUAUUCAAAGUAUAAGAAAUAUGAGAUUAGAGAAUCUUUCUAUAUCUCAUAUUCUUAAAAAAAGUACUCAUGAACAUGAACAUUUAGGAUUGUGGAUUCAUUUCUUUUUCAGCCAUUUUGAACAUCAUGAAGAUCUUUUAAAAUUUUUGGAUGGAUUCAGUCUAAAUGAAUUAGAUCAAGGAAAUAGGAGUUGUUUUAAAAAGGGACUUACUAUAUUUUUACUACACUAUUUUGCUAAUGAAUUAAAAAUUGCUUCAGAUAAUGGUAAUCAUGUAAAUCGUUAUGAAGAUAUGUUUAUUAAUUGUAGGGAUGUAGCUGUGGAUUUUAUUGAAGCUAUAAAAAUCCCUCACAUCAUUAGUCUUUUAGAUACUAUAAUAAAUAAGGAUCCAGAAAAAAUUACGUUGCAACGUAUCGUUUCUCCUAUGAAACGAUGCAUUCAUGUAGAUAAUAAAGAUAAACCUUAUGUAGUUAUGAGUGAUUUUGAUACCUUAUUAAAUACAGAUGAAGACACCUUUAGAAGAAGAUAUCUAAGUUUUCAGAAUAGAAGGUAUAGUAAUUUUGAGUCUAGAUCUGUGCAAGACUUUAAUGUGCUAGGUUUAUUGAGUCUUAAAAGUCCUUAUUACAAUUCUGAUUUAAGUAGAUAUGUAGAAGGAGUUUUUCAUACUUUUAAAACGUCUAGAAGACUUGGAUUAAAAAGACGUAGUCAACAAUAUGAUUUAACUAUCUACGGAACAAAUUCACGACCAUUUGGUUAUUGUAGGAAAAAUAAUCAUUAUUAUCAUGGAUCUAUAGAUGAUUUAUCAUAUUUUUUUUUCUCAGCUAUGAAAGCAAAGAUGAUUAGAGGUCAUAUAAAAUUUUUAUCUGAUUAUAAGAUGGCUAUAAAAAACAAAACAUACAAAAUGUCUGGUCUAAAAGGAUUUAGACUUAUAAAACAGCUUUUUAGUAUAAAAAACUUUAAUAAUUUUAUAAAAUUGUAUAUUGGCCAUGUUUCAACAGAACUAUCUUUCUUAGGACGAGAUUUUAGUCAGUUAUUUGACAUUACAUUAGAUUGUCAAGUGAAUAAUUAUAUGAAUCGUGCAGGACAAUUAUAUUAUAGUAUGAAACAAAAAAAAUAA